AUGUUCUCGCGGGCUCCGUCCGUCCAUUCCCGAUCGCUCAUUCCCUCUCCUCUGUCCUCCACAAUGUACACCACCGCAGCUCGCGCCCGCCUGGCCACCGUCGCCCGCCGUGGCUUCUCUACCACCCGCAGUCAGCUUGCCAGCCCUUACCACUACGCUGAGGGUCCUCGCUCCAACAUUCCCUUCAACCCCAAGACCAAGUUCUUCGCCGUCCGAUACUGGAGCUUCAUGGUGGCUGGAUUCGGUGCUCCAUUUGCCAUUGGCUACUGGCAAACCCACAAGACCGUUUAA